CCCUCGCGCUCUGCGGAGCCCCCGGCCCACGGGUGGGAUCGCCGUGCAAGCGCCGCUGCUUGCUGCUCAUUGCCUCCGUGCGGGCAGAGCUGCGGCACGGACACGCACCGGCACCGCGCUGCUGAACGCCCGGGGUUUGGUUCCCCACCACGGCGCCUUUCUCUGCAGCGGCUCCCACGGCUGCCGAGGGUCGGCAGCGGGUCAAUUCAGGUCUGUGUGCCGCUGCGCACAGCUCAGCCCGCUGCCGGACACCCCCGGACGCCCCCCGCCUCCCUUUGCCAUUGGCGCCGGGCGCGGCGGCACGGUUGAGGCUCCACGCCCACAGGCAUAAGAAGGCCGUCGGCCGCCAGACUGCAGCCGCAGCGUUGAGCAUCGCCAAGGGAGGACUGUGCUGUGACCAUGUCUGAGCUGGAGAAGGCCAUGAUCGCCAUCAUUGAUGCUUUCCACCAGUACUCUGGGAAGGAAGGAGACAAGCAUAAGCUGAAGAAAUCGGAGCUGAAGGAGCUCAUUAACAAUGAAUUAACCCAUUUUCUUGGUGAGAUCAAAGACCAGGAGACCGUGGACAAAGUCAUGGAGGCACUGGACAGUGAUGGAGAUGCAGAGUGCGACUUCCAGGAGUUUGUGGCCUUCAUCGCCAUGGUUACCUCUGCUUGCCAUGAGUUCUUUGAGCAUGAGUGAGCUGGUGAGAAGCAAUUGAGCAGCUCCCACUCACGCUGGAGAGAUGCAGAGCAGUACCAAUCCUCUUGGGAAAAGACUGGAUGCACCUGGGGGGUCCAUGAAGUUAAGCUUGUGCUACUUAAGCAGCUUAUUAAACUCUGCAGCUUUGUGAGCAGAAAUGAC